AUGCAGUUCUCCAUCAGCGCCGUUUUCCUUGGCCUCGCCACCCUGGCUGUCGCUCUUCCUGCCGACCAGUCCACCAGCGCCAAUGGCCUUCGCUCCCAGCACGAGGAUGGCAUCCGCUGGCACGUUCCCGGCAGCAUGACCGUCAAGGAGGCCCAGUCCAAGUGCGGUGACCAGGCUCAGCUGUCUUGCUGCAACAAGGCCACCUACGCCGGUGACACCACUGAUGUCAACUCCAGCCUUGGUAGUGGUCUCCUCUCCAACCUGAUCGGCUCUGGCUCCGGUGCCGAUGGUGUUGGUAUCUUCGACCAGUGCUCCAAGCUCGAUGCUCAGGUCCCCAUUGCCAUCGCCGUGUCCCUCCAGGACCUCAUCAACCAGCGCUGCAAGCAGAACAUUGCCUGCUGUGCCAACUCUCCCUCCGAUGCCAGCAACGACCUCGUUGGCGCUGCUCUGCCUUGCAUUGCCCUUGGCUCCAUUCUGUAA